GAGAGAGACCAACCAAAGGGCAAAGGGGCAAAGGCGCCACCUAAUCUCACCUACCCACACCCAUACCCAAAUCUAAUUCAUUGACUCCGGACUCCAUACGCUUUCCUAGUUUGGGUUCGGAAGGCCACACUGGUUAGUGAUUAACUGAUUAUACAACAAAAAAACUCAUCUCAUCUGUUGUCUCUGAUUGUAUAAGCAAAUGGGUGGUGACGGCAAAGUCUUCACUUUGGCUCAAGUCUCUGAGCACAACACCAACAAAGACUGUUGGCUUAUUAUCAAUGGCAAAGUAUAUGAUGUGACAAAAUUCUUGGAAGAUCAUCCUGGUGGUGAUGAGGUUUUGCUGUCAGCAACAGGGAAGGAUGCAACUGAUGAUUUUGAGGAUGUGGGUCAUAGUGAUAGUGCCAGAGAAAUGAUGAACGAGUACUAUGUUGGAGAGAUUGAUUCUUCAACCAUCCCCAAGAAGACUACAUACAAGCCUCCAAAGCAGCCUCAUUACAACCAGGACAAGACAUCCGAGUUCAUCAUUAAACUCCUCCAAUUCCUUGUUCCCCUUGCAAUCUUGGGUUUGGCUGUUGGUGUCCGCUUUUACACCAAAUCAGCCUAAAGCUGGAUUGUGGUAACAUAAUUUGUACUUAGAUUGCCUUGAAAUUAAAGAACGCGAAUUUGUCAUCUGGUUAUGUUGUUGUUGCAAUGGAACCUGUGCUUCUCCUGUCAUCCUUUCCUCCAAACUGUAAUCUUCUGCCACUCAUUUGUUUGGAUAUUUGUGAUCUAUAAUUGAUAUAUAGUGAGCGUUUGGAUUGCAAGGAAA